CCUCUCUCCACUGCCAGAGGGAGAGAUGAUCGGAGGAGUGGAGUCUCAGUGAACAGAGCGAAGCGAUGGAGAGAUGCUCCAUCUCUCCUGUCGCACGACUGACUGCCCUCAUCUCUCUCCUCCUGGUUGCUCUGGUGACACAGCCCUCCACCUGUAACCGUGACGACCACGAGGGCGAGGAGCAGGUGGACACCCUGUCGGUCCAGGUGUCCGUCACAGCCCAGGUCACUCCUACCCCUUUGUGGGCGGUGGUCUGGGGUCCAACGCAGCCGCUGGAAGAUGAGACCUAUCACUUCCUCUCCAGCCAAGAAACUGACCCUCUGUAUCAGCACGGGAACCAGCAGGAGUCCAGCAGCGCCAUGUCCGAGGACUGGCCUUAUCUUGGUGCAAGCAUGCAGCCCAGAGAGGAGGUACCGCUGGAGUCCAGAGAGUGGGAGGGAGUGGAGGAUGGAGGGACGGAAGCAGAGGAGACGGAGCGUGAGGAAGUGGACCCUCAGUUCUACGUCACCGUGACCAUCUCCUCACUGCUCAUCCUGACGGCAGUCGUCAUUACAGCCAAACUCUGUUAUGAUCGGAGCUGUUCCCAACAUCCACCCCCGCUUUCCCGUGGCGUGGCUCCCCCUCUCUCCCUUGCACUCCCUCGUUCCCUUGCUUCAGAGGACAGCCGUCAGACACUGCACAGCGCCUCCUCCUCUUUCACUGACAGGGAAAGGAUUCCAGUUGUGAACCUCUGAAGUGACUGUUUUUCCAUAUGGUAAAUAUUUCUGUGGGGCCUGAAGAGGAACAUCAACACGACCAGAGGGUGUGCUCGCAGCAUCGUUUUAUUUUCUCUAAAACUGUGAAAUGAAUUCAGGGAUCCCAGGUAUCCAGCCAUCACAAAACUUCUCGGCUUCCCUGAGGUCUAAAAACAUCAAUUCAUCUCCCUGCUGUUUGUCCUUUCCUCGUGUCCUUCCUUCUUUCCUUCCUAUCUCUGUGCUAGGUGUAAAUUUCUUUUAUGGGGCUCUGAGUCACUGUAAUCCUGCUCCGUCUUCCAUCCUCCGUAUUGCCCUGAGCUCUGCCAAGCUAACCCACUGCUCUGUGCUUCGACCCACCAUGACUAAUUCACAAACAAGCAGUUAAACAGCCAUGCAACAUCCCAUUACCCCUGAAAUGCCCUACCUGUGCUUCCAUAACUGUUUCCAGUGAUCGGGCUGCACAUGGGUAAAAAUUCUAAUCCAGCAGACUGUUCUUUCAUGAAAUUCAGUUCAGUUUGGUAGGCAUGUAUUUGGCUUCUAAAUGGUUAAAAAGCCAUUCUCAGCAUCUCCAAACACUGAAGGGGUUAUUUCACAAAGCUGUUUGGUGUGGCUGUACCCAACAGGCAGUGUGUUUAGCAUGUCAUGCUCCAAAAACUGCUGUUUAUUCCCUGCUUUGGGUGCUGGAAAUGCAAAUAGUGUGGCUUCUUUCCUCUGCAGCGUGUGGAGGAGUCUGUUUUGUUUCAGUUUUUCCUCAUGAUUUGUUCUCUUAAUUAUCUGGCUGACGUUCACCUCUUUGUCAAGCCUUUGUGAGCACCCUUUGUUCCUGCUGGACUGUGCAGAGGUGUGUUAAGCGCAGAGUACUUCCUCUGGUGGAGAUAAAAUAUUCAGAAUGGCAAUGGAGAGAAGAGGCAUUACUGUUGGGAAUCACUGAUUCCCCCAGGAUUUGGAUGGUGCGCAACAAACACAGAGUUAUGGCAUCAUGGAAAUGAGAACUGCUGAGGUGAUCAAAGGACUGAUGCUACCACAACACAGAAUUUUUUUUUCCAGCUGACAGCCAAGUAUCUAAAUUAUGAAAAACAAAAGCACCGUCAUUUCCUGUUCAUAUUGUCACUGUAUAUCAACUAUCUGGUGCACCAAAGGAGAGUUCUGUCUCUCCAAUGAAUCUGCAUGUCUACAGUAAGAAAACCUGCGAGAGUUGCUUCAGAUCUAUUAUUUAUAAAUGUCUAUUUUAUCUAUCAGUGAGUGAUGUCCUAUAGAACCUUUCAAAGCCAGAUGUCAGUUUGUGUUUGGCAACUUUUCUAAGCAGCUUUGAGACAUGAACCCCCCGCUUAUAUUUCCACUACAGACAUAGUGCUGGUGGCAUCAUGCGUGGCUCAUGCAAUCCUCCAGUUAUCUAGUCUUGUGAUUUUUAGUAGCAUUCCUGUAGAAAUCUUUCUGUACCACGGAAGUACAAUAAAGACUCGACACUGACGUUUUAGCUUUGUGUCUAUCCGUUUAUUUCUGUGCAUGUUGAAUGAAAUCCCCUGGGACCUGAGCGAUCUGCAGUGCUUUAAAGGAGGGAUAAAGCUUACACUGUGCUUUUUAAUAGAAACCCCUCUGUUCGAAUCGUUUUGUUUCUCCCUGAAGUGAACAUUUAAUCUACUGCCUUGCAUUGAUUUCAAACCAACAAACCAUAGGCUUGGCAUUAAAACAUCCUGCAUGUGCCAAUUAUGUUUUUACCGGUGAGGAGCUGAAAAGGGGCGAACAACAGGGCGGCUGCUUGUGUCUGAAGCUUCUCCUUAUCUCCUCACCUCAUAUGGAAUCCCUUUGCUUGAGAAAGAUUAACAGGAUGCUAAGCAAGAAUUUUCUCUGUGGACAGUUUUUUUUUUUAAGCAAAUGUCAAUAAAAUCAAGGCGGGCGUGAAAGGAGAAAUGUCACUCGAGUGUAUUGAGAUUCUUCUCCAGUCUGCUGCACAUCUAGUGUUUCCAUCUCCCCGGAGCAUUUUUACUAAUCAGUCAAACUAAUUGAUUGGCUGAGUUAUGAGACAUAUACCAGCACACGCUGCAGCAAUCUGUAACCAGAGUGGACAAACAGCAGAACACUAAAACAGAAGCUAAGCGUGAACUUGCGCAUGCGGAGUCAUCACUCACAUGCUCGUACCAUAAUAAACAUGACUCACCUGCCACUUUCUCCCCAAAUUAAAUGUAUGCAAGCUAACCUGCUUUGUCUCCCAAACACUUUGAGAGGUGUACAGCUGUUAGAAUUCACAGCUUUAAUUUGGUAAAAACUGUGAAUCAAUGCAGCUCAGUCACACUGACUGAAAUUAACACCACUAUUUAUAAAGGUGGGGAGGGAUGUUGGAGGGAGGGGGAAAUGGAGAAAGAUGCCGGGUUAGAUGAAACUGCAUCAUAAUUUCCCCAUCCAUUUCCCUCUCACUGUUGUUGCUGGUCAGCUAAUUGUUGCCAUUAACGUCAUGCUGGAUGAAGAGUGGAGAAUUCAGAUGAAACAGAAUCAGAAGAGAGGGAGAUGGGCACGGCCGGCAUGAUGAAGGCAAUUUUGACUGUGUGAUUGAGGUACAGGGGAGGGUGGCAGGCAAUUUCAACAGGCAAUUUUGACAUUGAAAUAGAAGCUCUGGGCACAACAUGCUCAUAUGAAAUAUGAAUGCACUUGGUCUGUGUGUGUAGCAUUGCUAGUUGCGCACAGGGGAAGCCUCAGCUCUAUAAUACAUUAGUCUCUUUGGGGACAUGCCCUAAUUAAUGGCUUGACCUCCUAAUGGGUAGCCCCCUUCUGCGAGUUAACAUUUAGCAGUGCACCCCCCCAGAGAUGCACUUUGAAGUGCAUUUAAU